AUGGGCAAAAAGAGAGUCCUGGUAGGCUAUGGAGUUGAUAUCGACGCCGUGGCUGGCUGGCUUGGGUCGUACAAAGGUGAAGACAGCGUGAGCGACAUUAGUCGCGGACUCUUCGCCGGCUCCACUGGCGUUCGUCGCCUGCUCAAAAUGUUCGACAAGUACAAUCAAAAGGCAACGUGGUUUAUUCCGGGCCACAGCCUGGAGACCUUUCCGGAGGAGUGUGCAAUGAUCAGGGACGCCGGGCAUGAGAUCGGGCUUCAUGGAUACAGUCACGAGAACCCAACGGCCAUGAGCUUGGAGCAACAGCGAGAUGUUCUUGAUCACACAUACAGACUGCUCACAGAAUUCUGCGGAAAGCCACCAAGAGGAAGUGUGGCACCAUGGUCCACGUGGGAAUGCAGUCGCGAGGGUGCAGAACUCUUGUUGAAGUAUGGUAUCGAGUACGAUCAUAGCAUGAGUCACGAAGAUCAUACAGCAUAUUGGCUAAGAACAGGCGACAAAUGGACCAAGAUCGAUUACAACAAAAGCGCUGAGUCGUGGAUGAAGCCACUUGUCAAAGGCCAGGAAACUGGCUUGGUCGAAAUACCCGCAAGCUGGCAUAUUGACGAUUUACCUCCACUCAUGUUCAUGAAAGCUGUUCCUAAUUCGCAUGGCUUCGUCAAUCCUCGGGACGUGAUGGAGGUUUGGAAGGAUCACUUCGACUAUUUCUACCGCGAAUACGAUGAAUUCAUUUUCCCAAUGACGAUUCAUCCCGAUGUCUCGGGCCGACCUCAUGUGCUUCUUGCCCAUGAGAGGCUGAUUGAGUAUAUAAAUAGCCACGAAGGAGUGGAGUGGGUCACGUUUUCAGAGAUGUGCGAUGAUUUCAAGAGCAAAAACAAACCACCCGAAGGUGCUCUGAUGCCUGCUACCCAAGACGAGGUGAAGGCAAUGCUCGCAAAAGGAAAACCUGACGUAUAA